AGAUGUGGACCAGUCCAACUCAUUGUUCUUGAGCCUUAAGCUGGGACAAGCCAUGGCUACAGUAGUGGUACAUGUAGACUCCAAAGCUGAGCUCACUGCCCUGCUGGAGCAGUGGGAGGACCAUGGCAGUGGGCAGGAUAUGGUACCUAUCCUUACUAGGAUGUCAGAAUUAAUUGAAAAAGAAACUGAAGAAUAUCAUAAAGGAGAUCCAGACCCAUUUGAUGAUCGACAUCCUGGUCGAGCUGAUCCAGAGUGUAUGCUGGGCCACUUGCUGAGAGUAUUCUCCAAGAAUGAUGAUUUCAUGAAUACACUGAUGAAUGGGUAUGUGAUGACAAGUAGAGAGCCUCCUUUAAAUACUGCAGCCUGCAGACUCCUACUGGACAUCAUGCCAGGUCUAGAAACUGCAGUUGUCUUUCAAGAAAAGGAAGGGAUUGUUGAAAAUCUUUUCAGCUGGGCCCAAGAGGCUGAUCAGCCACUGAGGACAUAUUCUACAGCACUGUUGGGAGGUGCUAUGGAAAAUGAAGAGAUUGCUGCAAGCUACAGAGAUGAAAAUUCACAGCUGGUGGCAACAGUGCUUCGCAGACUGAGAGAGCUCCAAGUUCAGGAAGUGGCUUUGCGGCAGGAAGGUGAGUGUCCUAGUCCACAGAAGCUUUCAUCAGAGCCUCCUUUACCUCUGGAUGAGGAAGCUGUGGAUAUGGACUAUGGUGACACUGCAGUAGAGGUUGUGAACAGAGAGCAAGAAACUUCUAGAGAUAUGGAAAAUUCCUUUCCUCUGGAAUUAAGUCAGAAGGCCAGUUGUAGAGUAAACGCAGCAACUAAGCCUGAGGAAGCCUCAGGAUCUGCAAAGCAUGGUGACAGAGAGAAUGUGAGAAGGGCCCAGCAGAAGUUGGGUUUCUCACCUUCUGAGGCAGAUGGUGUGUUUGCUGAGCUGUCCAAUAGCAGCUGGUCAGAAAUGUCCCCCUGGGUGAUUGGCACCAAUUAUACCCUCUAUCCACUGACUCCCACUAUUGAACAAAGGCUUCUUUUCCAGUACCUGACCCCUGUAGGAGAGUAUCAGGAGUUACUUCCCACAUUCAUGCAACUUGGAUGCCGAGAAUUGAUGAUGUUUUAUAUUGAUCUGAAACAGACUAAUGAUGUCCUGCUUACUUUUGAGGCACUCAAGCUCCUAGCAUCUCUCCUGAUGCAUAACAAAUUUGCCAUAGACUUUGUUGCACAUGGCGGAGUACAGAAAUUACUGGAAAUUCCUAGGCCUUCUAUGGCUGCAACUGGUGUAUCUAAGUGCUUGUAUUACCUGUCCUCCAACCAGGAUGCUAUGGAAAGAGUUUGCAUGCAUCCCUACAGUGUUCUAUCUGAUGUGGUGAACUAUGCCCUAUGGUUAAUGGAAUGUUCUCAUGCUUCAGGAUGCCGCCAUGCUACAAUGUUUUUCUCAGUUUGCUUCACAUUCCGGGCUGUCUUGGAGCUUUUUGAUCGUUAUGAUGGUCUGCGUCGCCUAGUGAACUUGAUCAGUACUUUGGAGAUUUUAAAUAUGGAAGACCAGGAUGUACACGGGAGUGAAGAUAAAAUAUUUGCUACCUGCCAAAGAGGCAAACAUACCUGCAUGGCUCUGCGAAAGUAUUUUGAGGCUCAUUUGGCCAUUAAACUGGAACAAGUCAAGCAGUCACUUCAGAGGACUGAGGGUGCUAUUCUUGUGCACCCUCAACCUCCAUCCAAGGCAUGCUCAUACGCUCGUGAGCAGAUUGUGGAAAUGAUGGAGAUUUUGAUAGAAUAUGGCCCAGCUCUGCUGUAUUGGGAACCUGCUGAAGUCUUCCUCAAGCUUUCCUGUGUGCAGCUCUUGUUGCAGCUUAUUUCCAUCGCCCGUAAUUCAGAGAUCUAUUUUGCAAGGAUUGACACUGUGCGCUUUGCUUUGGAUGUCCUGGCUAUCCUCACUGUGGUGCCAAAAAUCCAGCUCCAAUUAGCAGAGUCGGUGAAGGUCUUGGAUGAGCAUGGCUCUACUGUAUCCACUGUAGGUAUCAGCAUUAUUUUGGGAGUGGCUGAAGGUGAAUACUUUAUCCAUGAUGGUGAAAUUCAGAAGUCAGCCCUUCAAGUAAUCAUCAAUUGUGUAUGUGGCCCAGAUAACGGAAUGUCCAGUAUUGGUAAAUUUACCUCUGGAACUCCUCAGAGAAAGCUGUUUCAGACCCCCACGAGCAUUGAGCAUACCCUGGCCAAGAUGUGGAAUGUGGUCCAGUGCAAUGAUGGCAUCAAGGUGCUUCUGUCCCUUUUGUCCAUCAAGAUGCCCAUCACAGAUGCAGACCAGAUCAGGGCCCUGGCCUGCAAGGCCCUAGUGGGCUUGUCUCGAAGUAGCACUGUUGGACAGAUUAUCAGCAAAUUGCCCCUGUUUAGUAGCUGCCACAUUCAACAGCUGAUGAAGGAGCCAGUGCUACAAGACAAGCACAGCGACCAUGUCAAGUUCUGCAACUAUGCAGCUGAGCUCAUUGAGAGAGUAUCAGGAAAGCCUCUUCUGGUUGGCACUGAUGUGUCACUGGCCCAACUACAGAAAGCAGGUAUUGUUGCCCAGUCAAGGAUCUCCUUCCCUGAGAAAGAACUGCUCCUGUUGAUAAGAAACCAUCUCAUUUCUAAAGGGCUUGGAGAGACAGCCACUGUGCUGACCAGAGAGGCUGACUUGCCCAUGACUGCAGCCUCACAUUCUUCUGCCUUCACCCCAGUGACUGCUGCUGCUUCUACUGCCUCUCUUCCCCAGACUCCUCGGAUUGUCAAUGGCAUUGCUGGUCGACUGGCCAACCAUGCAGCUGUGGGUGCUUCUGCCCUUUCUGCUCAUCCUGCUGAUCCUCGGUCAUGCGCAGUUCAGGAUUCAUUGGAUUUGCCUGGCCCAUCAUCUGCAGGCAACUCCACUUUUAAUGGCAGGAGCAGUUUUAUGAGAGAGAGAGCAUCACUGUGCAAUGACAGGAAAGUUCAAGUGUUGCAGCAGGAGUCUGACCACGACACUAACAGCCAGAGCCCUGCUGUAAACACACAAUUGGAUAGACAACUUCCUUCUCCACCAACACUGGACAGUAUCAUCACAGAGCAUCUUAGGGAGCAACAUGCUCGCUGCAAGAACCCCAUUGCCACCUGUCCACCUUUUUCUCUCUUUACUCGUCACCAGUGUCCUGAGCCAAAACAGAGGAGGCAAGCACCAAGAAACUUUACCUCAAGGGUAAACUGCAGGGCAUUGUUUCCAAAAUAUGGAGGAGUAGAUGGAGGAUGCUUUGAUAGGCACCUUAUCUUCAGCAGAUUUCGUCCAAUUUCAGUAUUCCGGGAAGCUCAUGAAUAUGAGAGUGGCUUUACAUGUUGUGCAUUUUCUGCCCAGGAGAGGUUCCUGAUGCUCGGUACCUAUACAGGGCAGCUGAAGCUCUACAAUGUAUUUAGUGGACUGGAAGAGGCCAGCUAUAACUGUCACAACUCAGCCAUCACACACCUUGAACCUUCCAGGGAUGGGACCUUACUUCUGACAUCUGCCACUUGGAGCCAGCCUUUGUCUGCACUUUGGGGGAUGAGGUCAGUAUUUGAUAGGAAGCAUUCCUUCCCAGAAGAUCAUUAUGUUGAGUUCAGUAAGUACUCUCAGGAUCAGGUCAUAGGCACCAAAGGAGACAUUGCCCAUAUUUAUGACAUUGAGACUGGCACCAAGCUGUUGACUCUGUUUAACCCAGAUCUUGCCAACAACUACAAGAGGAACUGUGCCACCUUUAAUCCUACAGAUGAUCUUGUCUUAAAUGAUGGGGUCCUCUGGGAUGUCCGCUCUGCACAGGCCAUCCACAAGUUUGACAAGUUCAACAGGAAUCUCAGUGGUGUUUUCCAUCCCAAUGGGCUGGAGGUCAUCAUCAACACAGAGAUUUGGGACCUUCGAACUUUCCAUCUUUUACACACAGUUCCUGCUCUGGAUCAAUGUCAUGUGGUGUUUAACCACACAGGGACAGUGAUGUAUGGAGCAAGGUUGCAGGCAGAUGAUGAAGAUGACUUCUUGGAAGAGAGGAUGAGGAGCCCCUUUGGGUCAUCCUUCCGAACAUUUAAUGCAACUGAUUACAAACCCAUAGCAACGAUUGAUGUGAAACGGAACAUCUUUGACCUGUGUACAGACACCAGAGAUUGCUAUCUUGCUGUCAUUGAGAAUCAAGGCAGUAUGGAUGCCCCUGACAUGGACACAGUAUGCAGGCUUUAUGAAGUGGGCAGGCAGCGUCUGGCAGAGGAAGAAGAUGAAGAGGAGGACUCUGAAGAGGAAGAACUGGAGGAAGAGGAUGAGGAUGAAGAUGAUGAUGAUGAUGAUGAUGAUGAUGAUGAUGAUGACACUGAUGAUGGAGAGGAACUUCACACUGACAGGCGGCUGGAGUCAGAAAUGGAGGAGGCUGUCAAUAGUGAGAACUCAGGACAGGAUGGGGACAAUGACUUCUCUCCCUCUGAUGAGGAGCUAGCAAGCCUAGAGGAGCGAGAGGAGGGGGAAGUUGAAGACUCUGAUGCAGAGGAGGAACUGGAAGUGAUCCUGGUGGAGGACAGCUCAGACAACUCUGAUUUGGAAGAUGACAUCAUCUUAUCUCUGAAUGAGUGACUUGCCAGUCCCCAUUUGGAAGAGAACCUUGGCAGGUGAGAGAAACUGAGUGAAUGGAUUCAGAAAACCUGCCUUUUGCUGCCCCCUGGGAUAUAUGUUGAGGAACUGUAUUCCCUGCAUUUGAGGACUAUGAUUUAGAGUCUCCCUGGAAUCUGAGGGCCCUUCUAAAAGCAAUA